AUGGGAAAAGCACAGAAAAAGUAUGGUAAAGGUCGUUUGGACCAUUACUAUCGACUGGCAAAAGAGAAGGGAUACCGUGCUCGUUCCUCGUUCAAGAUUGUGCAGCUGAAUCAAAAGUAUGGCUUCUUCAAUCUGCCCAAGGGCACCAAGCCCCGACCUAUGUGCAUUAUCGAUCUGUGUGCCGCUCCUGGAAGUUGGUGCCAGGUUGCCACACAGCAAUGCCCGCUUAAUUCAUUGAUUGUUGGUGUUGAUUUGGCUCCAAUCAAGCCGCUGCCAAACGUCAUCACUUUCCAGAGCGAUAUCACUACCGAGCACUGCCGUUCGCAGCUUCGAGGGUAUUUAAAGACAUGGAAGGCAGAUGUUGUGAUGCACGAUGGUGCACCCAACGUUGGUAUGGCUUGGGCGCAGGAUGCGUUUACCCAGAGUGAGCUGGUGCUGCAGUCCCUCAAGCUGGCGGUCGAGUUUUUGACUCCAGGCGGUUGGUUCGUCACAAAGGUUUUCCGUUCUAAAGAUUAUAACAAGCUCAUGUGGGUGUUCCAGCAGUUUUUUGAAAAGUGCGAAGCUACUAAACCGCCCAGUAGUCGUAACGUCUCGGCAGAGAUUUUCGUUGUCUGCAAAAAUUUCAAGGCUCCCAAACAGAUUGAUCCUCGCCUCUUGGAUCCCAAAUAUGUUUUCGAGGAACUUCAAGAAAAGAACAACAACAACCAGGCCAAAAUCUACAACCCUGAGAAGAAGACUAGGAAGCGUGAAGGUUACGAGGAGGGCGAGUACCUACAGUUUAAGCGGAUCUCUGCCUUGGACUUUGUUAGAACUGAAGACCCCAUCACCUGUUUAGGAGAAACUAACGUUCUUGAAUGGGACAAGAGUGACCCUGAGAUCAAACAGCUUAAGAAGCUUCCUCAGACGACCCCUGAUCUGUUGGAGUUGUUCAAAGAUUUGAAAGUUUUGGGUAAAAAGGACUUCCGCGUCAUCUUGAAAUGGCGUGUGGCCGCUCGUAAGCUUCUUGGAAUUGACAAGGAAGAGUCUGAGAGCGAGCCUGAAGUUGUAUUGACAACCGAGGAACAAAUCGAAAAAGAAAUGGACGAGCUCAAAGCCAAUGCUGCUGCUCGACAAAAGCGAGAGAAGCGCAGACGCAAUGAAGCGAAACAAAAGGAAAUCAUGCGAAUGCAACUGAAUAUGGUUACACCUAUGGAAAUUGGUAUUGAUGCAGGCAAUCAAAAGGAUAGCUUGUUCGAUCUCAACAGUGUGAAGAAGACGGGCUAUGCCACCGACCUUGUGAAAGGUAAACAACAGGCCCCCGUUUUGGCAAAUACUGGUGAUCGCGAUUUCGAUUUCGGCGACGAGAAACUCGAUGCUCUGGACGAGUUGCCCGACAGUGAUUCAGAGGCUGACGAGGACGACGUUAUGGAGAUCGAUAGCGAUGAUGAUGGUGCUCAGCUCGAAUCUCAGCUUGACGCUAUGUACCGCCAAUUCAAGGAGACUCAGGCGCUUAGUGCCGAGGCUCAAGCCAAGAAAGCACGUGAAAGUGAAGUCUGGGACGGUAUCCAAAGUGCUUCAGAAGCUAGCGAUAUGGAUAGCGACAGCGAUUUCGACUCUGAUAUUGAGACGGAAAAUCUGAGUGGUAAGGCCAAUAUGUUCUUUGACGACGAUGCAUUCAAGAAGAUCGAUGUUGCCAGUGACUCGGAAGACGGUGAUACCGAAGAUGAGGAGACCACAUCCAACACAGAGCCAGAGCCCACAGAGCCGGCGGUUGAUGGCGAGUCCUCUGAUGAAGAGCACUACGAUCCCACCAAGGAGGAAGAUAUGCAAGAGCGAGCUAUCAAAAUGACUCUCGCACACAAGCUUGCGCUAGGCCAAAUAACAAAACAUGACUUGAUCAACGAUGGUUACAACAAAUACUCUUUCCGCGAUACCGACGGGUUGCCAGAGUGGUUUUUGGAAGACGAAGGCAAACACUCCAAGCGGAUCAAGCCGGUCACAAAAGAAGCUGCUGCUGCAAUCAAGGAGCAGAUGAAGGUUCUGAAUGCUCGCCCCAUCAAGAAGGUGGCCGAAGCGACUGCUCGUAAGAGAAUGCGGGCUCAGAAACGACUUGAAAAAAUCCGAAAGAAGAGUGAUCUUAUCAACGACGAUGCAUCUAAAUCUGAAAGAGAAAAGGCUGAGGAUAUUGCUAAACUAAUGCGUCGGGCCAAGUCGAAGAAGAAGCCCAAGGUGACGGUGGUUGCCGCCAAGGGCUCCAACCGUGGUUUGCAGGGUCGCCCCAAGGGUGUUAAAGGUAAAUACAAGAUGGUUGAUGGUGUUAUGAAGAAGGAACAACGUGCCUUGAAGCGUGUGGCUAAAAAGCAGAAGCGUUAA